AUGAUUCCGCAGCAGGAAUCAAUUUUGGCCAUUUGCGAAUUUUUAGGGGAAAAUAAUAUUUUUAAAGUCAAUGGAGAAAUCCCGAUUAAUACUGUGAGAAUUCUUUUUAAACAUGUUCUAGAUAAUGCUUUUUUUGUUUUACAGUUACCGGGUCAAAGACCCAAAUAUUUUAAGCAAAUCAGAGGAGGACCCAUGGGGUCAGAGUGUACGCAAGUUUUAGCGGAUAUUUACAUGAGAAAAUGGGAGAAAUCUCUUAGGGAAAAACAAAUUGCAGAAGGAGAAUUAUAUUUCCGAUUUCGUGACGAUAUUUUUCUCACUACUAAAAAAACCAAAAUAGAAAUGAAUCAAAUUUUAGAAGAAUUAGGUAAAAUUGAUAAAAAUAUAGGUUUAACAUAUGAAACAGGUAAGCGUUUUUAUAGUACAUUAACAGGUAAAAAUGAUUUAACUUUACUUUUGGGAAAUAAGCACAGUGAGUAUAGAGAUCAAGUUUUAGAUCCAAAUUGGAAUAAAAAACCAGAAAAAAAGAGAAUCGAUUUUAAUAAUGAUAUUUUAGCACAUUUUACCUACACACCUAGUUUAUCAAGUUUCGGGGCAAAAUUUCAUUCACUAUGGAACGAGAUAUUGGAACAUACUCCUCUUAGUGACAUUUCAGUUAUUUUUGCACAUAAAUUAACAGAUAAUUUGAAAAAUAUUCUAGUACAUAAAAAACCAUCAAAAUCAGUAGUUAAACAUAUAGUUGAACAAAUACAAGAAUAA